ACGGUAAAAUAGUACACUCGUUAUGGUAAUUGGGGCCUUGCAGCAACAAACCAACCGCCGUACCAAGUACCAACUUGGAAUGACGUAGGCAACAUUACUACCAUAUAAGAGCUUAGCUCCCCUCUAAUGAAAGAUCAAACAUGGCUUCUACCCCUGGAAUCCUCACUGAGUGGCCAUGGACACCCCUUGGGAGCUUCAAGCACAUAAUCUUGGCACCUUGGGUUAUAGAAAGCACGUAUUCCUUCAUAUACAAGGGUGAAAAUGAGAGGGAUCUUUCCAACUUCCUCAUUUUUCCACUUAUGCUAUGGAGAAUGCUUCAUAACCAGAUAUGGAUCAGCCUUUCUCGUUACCGUACUGCAAAGGGCAACAACAGGAUCGUCGAUAAGCCCAUUGAGUUCGACCAAGUCGACCGAGAAAGAAAUUGGGAUGAUCAGAUACUGUUUAAUGCAAUAGUGUUCUACUUUUUUAACAUCGUUCUUCCCGGAGGUUCUCACUCUCCUCUUUGGAGAACCGACGGCGUGAUUUUAACGGCGCUGUUACAUGCCGGACCGGUGGAGUUCCUCUACUACUGGCUUCAUCGAGCACUUCACCACCAUUAUCUUUACAAUCGCUACCAUUCUCAUCAUCAUUCCUCCAUUGCAACUGAACCCAUCACAUCCGUUAUUCAUCCGUUUGCAGAGCACAUAGCAUACUUCGCUCUCUUCUCAAUACCGCUCCUGACGGUUUUGUUCACCAGAACUGCCUCCAUAGCAGCUUAUGCUGGUUACAUCACUUACAUUGACUUGAUGAACAACAUGGGACACUGCAACUUCGAGCUCAUCCCUAAGUGGAUCUUCACCAUUUUCCCUCCUCUCAAAUACUUCAUGUACACCCCAUCGUAAGUACUAUAAUCCAUUGAACCAUAUAUAAGUACGUUUCCUAUAAUUCAUUUUGAAUGAUAGUAAGACUGAGACAUCACUAGUUAGUGGAACAAGGUGAAGACUGAAGAUGGCAAUUUGAUAGUUACUUAGGGAAUAGGGGUCCCUUUAUUAAUUAACAAGUUCAUGAAUA